GAAACCGCCGAGUAAAAAUAUAAACAUCAAUAGUUAACGUUUUAGCGCGGGAGCACUUAGUAAAAGUGAAAGGAACAGGUAAAAAAUAGUAGAUCUGUGAAUAAGAAAGUUAAAUUCAUGAGAAGAUAACCAAAAAGAUGGGGCAACUCGCAGUUAAACUAAAAGAGCUGGUGGAACGAAUCGAGUGGCGACUGGAGGGUAAACACGAGGCCUUGAGCACUGAUGGAAGCUACGACAGCAUCUCCCGUGAGGAUAACAGCAAGCAGACGAGCACGGACGAUAUCUAUCAAGAGGACAAAGACUUACUCAGAAAAGUCCUCGGAAAACUCGAGCUGAUAGAAACAGUGGUCGAGACCCAGAGAAAUAAACUAGAAACACAAGAAACCAAGAUUAAAGCAUUGAAGAACACCAUCAAAUUAGCCGAGAAAAGCGGGAGGGCAGUUUAUAAGGAGGACGCAUCUGAAGCUAAUGAUUCCGAAACAGAGAAAGACUCUACGUUUGGAAGGAUAUUCGACUCAAUAUUUCAGGAAAAAUCGAAAGUCGAGGAUUCCCCUACGACCACAGACAUUUUAGAUCGACACAGUGACAGACUCCAAGAACAAGAGGAAAAGCUCCAGGCGGUUUUGGAAAAAGUUGGGAACAUAAUGGAUACCAUACAAGAUGAACAAGGUUUGUGCAAGAAUAUGUCUGAGCUUAAGACGACACUUGCUACUAUACAGACAUCCUUGGAUAAGCUUUGGCUUGACCAUGAUGCUGUCAAGAGGAAGAGUAAUGAGGAACUAGAAACGCACCAGAAACUCCUAGAUAACCUUUUCUCUGGAUUUGUAGUAGCUUUUGUUAUUUUGGUGUUCAUUUGUAUGUGUACAUAACAUUCUUCUAAAGAAAUAAAAUCUUUUACCUGUAUAAUUUAAAUAAUCACAAUAACUUAAAAAGGUUAUCUUCAAGUAAAAAAAUUGGAAAAUGAUCUGCAAUUCAUAGAUCCGACAUGUCAAUCAUGCGGGCACGAAUAGCCAAUCAGGAACGAGAUGGUGCAAUGACAGCCAUGUUGUCCCACAAAAAGUCGCCAAUCGACGCCGAAAAAGAUUGGUUUGAGAUAUUUUUCUGCGAAUCUGGACAAGCAAAUAAGCAUUUUCCGGUCAGCGUAAAAGUGCUAGCCCUGUUUUCUUUGCUUGGCUGCUUUUAGUGUAGAGUUGGGACUCAAUUGUAGAAAAACACGUAAAAUUUACUACCAAAAAACGAAAAACAAAAAGCAAACAAACCACUUACAAGAGCAGUGUAAGUCCUACCAUUAAACUUGUGUUUGAUAUUAUACCUAGGCUACUUAAAUUACAUAUAGGAAUGAGACUGUCGUUUGCAUUUUUACUGUAAAUCUUGACGUUUGCCGAUAAAACUUGUAGUUAGAAGUCAGACGUAAACAGAGAAUCCGCCUUUCUCCUCUGAUUUUCCCCGCACUUAAAUCACUGCAAGUUAAAAAUAUAGCUUUGAAAACACAUAAACACUUAGUACCUACCGUAGAGAGCACCGCUUUAUCUUAUCAUUUCCAAUUUUUAAUAUUUUAAGCUGGAUUCGUGACAUUUCCAUUCAACAACCAAACUCGUAGUUAUCUAUUUCUAUGCUUCAUUCACACAAGAUUUUCACCAAGCUUGGACAACAAGACAAGUUUCCAUCAUGUUAGGUUACUGUGUUUUAUUUUCCAAGUCGCAGUCUGUAUUUAAAAUAACUCCGGGCAGGACUCGCUGACCUCAUCCGAUAUGUUGUACAAUUUGUGGGACUUUUGCGGGACUUUUGGGUUGCACGUCGCUGGCUUCCAUUUGCUGCUUUCUGAUUGGAUAUCCAUGCGCGCGUCGGAUCUAUGAAUUAAGUAAUACGUAGAUAAUAGAUUUGAUAAGACAGUCUCUCUGGCAACUUAAGAUACAUCAGAAACUUUGUGAAAACCUUUCAUCAGAAUGUAUACCAGCUUUUGUUAUUGUAGAAUUUAAUAUUACAUUAUUUUUUUUAAACUAUAUAUAUAUAUACAUAUAUAUAUAUAUAUAUAUGUAUAUAUAUAUAUGCAAAAGCCAAGAUUUACAUCAAUUUCAUUUUAAGAUAUGUCUUUAUAUGGCUUUAAAUUAAGAACUACAUAAAUUUAGACAUUCUUUUAAAAUACAUAAACUUGUACUUCUUUUUGAUUCUUAAAUACCAAGUACAAAUUAUUUGCUGAGUAACUUAAUAAGUAUAUUAACAUUAAUAAAUAUAUGUUUAUAAUAUUAUAUAAUUAGUAUACAUUUAUAGUCUUACAAGCCAACAUAGAUUAUUUGCUUACUUAAAAAAAAACAGCAAAAUAAAUUUUCUGAAACAAAGCCAAA